GGAGCGAAGGAGCAGUUAGAUAACUACCGUCCCAUCACGCUGCUGAACAUCAGCUAUAAGCUACUGGCGCGAGUUCUGGCGAGCAGAAUUAAAAAGGUCCUGCACAGGAUGGUCAUGAAGCGGAAGCUGGGUAUCUCCCUCACCAGCUGCGUCGGGCAGAAGCUGUCAUAUGUCGGUUAUGCUGACGAUACAACUCUCCUUCUGCAAGGGAAGCAACAAAUUGGCAGGGCGGAAGAGGAGUUGGAGAAGUUUAAGAAUAUUUCCGGCCUGGAGAUGAACGUGGACAAGUCAGUGGUGAUGCCCUUAGGGGCUAACCUGGGGAAAAAGUCUUGGCGCUCGGAUGGUUUUCGCUGGGCGGAGAAGAUGAAGCGGAAAGGCUCCUAG